AUGCAGCGAAUGACAACCCACAGGACUCUAAUGCUGGAAAAGGUCACAAUUGCCAACAUUACUCAAGAGAUCGCCGACAGAGAACGCGCCUAUAAGGAAUAUGAAAAGCAGCAUGAAUUCCAAGAUCUCCAUAAUUACCGCUUGCUGAGAGGCGAGCUCUCGCCCUUCUUAUACGAUGAAGAGCUUCAGCAGUUUGCCGGCAGUGGUCCAGCGAAAUCAGGCACGUGGUUGUUCGAGAAUGGGGAUUUCAAAAAGUGGGCCGAUGUCAACAACAAAACCCGGCUUUGCCUUUGGCUUCAAGGCAUACCUGGUGCUGGGAAAACUGUAUUGACUGCCAAGACAAUCCGGUAUCUCCAAAGCCAAGGGCAGACACUCUUGUUUGCGUUCUUGUCAUACCGCGAUGAGCGCAAAUCGAAACCCAUCAAGAUCUUUCAGAGCUUAGUCUUUCAACUUCUUGAGGAACAAUCGAUGUUGCGCCCAUUGUUACAUGACAUUUACCUCACCAACUACCGAAAGCUUAUCUCGAAUCCAGACUUCGUGGGGGAUUUGCUAGGCAAGCUUUUGCAAACGUCGGGCCCAACGAUCAUUGUCAUUGAUGGCGUUGACGAAGCCGCCGAAUCAGAUAAAUCAUACCUCGUGCGGUCUCUUCUUCGAGUUACGAAGUCUGGGCCGAAUGUCAAGCUUUUUGUUAGCAGUCGGAUGGAUUCAGCGAUCAGCAAAGAGUUGAUGCGCAGUAGCACAGAGCUUCACGUCGAGGAUCACAACGAAGGCGAUAUUCAUGAGUUAAUAGACAUGGAAAGGGACGAUCUCUUGUCAAAAUUCCGGAAAUGGGAUGCUGACGAGGCAACUUGUGACCGAGUUGGCCGAGCCUUUCAACUAUUGAAAGAGAAAAGCGAUGGGAUGAUACUAUAUGCGAAGCUGAUGGCAAGACUGCUACAAGGUCUGGACAAUGAAGAUGAUAUCAGACGGGAACUUGGUACCUUGCCGGAGGGUCUUGGGCAAGCAUAUGGCCGAGUUAUCGAACGAAUUGAAUCAAACCCAGUGCCCAAGGACAAAGCUGCUGCAAGGAAAAUUCUGGAAUGGAUUGGCUCGGCUACACGCCCACUCCGCUACGAGGAGGUCAUCCAGGCUUUGGUGAUCGAGUCCGGAUCAUCAGGAUUUACGAAAGGGCGUAAAGCGUUUCGGGAUAUUGUAGAGACCUGCGGGCCGAUCAUCGAGGUGGUUGGGGACUAUGUCAGUUUUGUCCACUUCACUGCUAAGGAGUAUCUUUUCAACGGCGACGGAAAAUUUCUUGACAAGGAGGAGUCGAAUCUUCAUAUUUCCCUAGCUUGUCUGACCUACUUGGCCUUCCAACCUUUGGACCGCAUCAUGCAACAUGGAGACUCGGCUGCCAUAUGCGACGAAACCUCAAAGGUCCUGUCUGGCGACUUUGUCUUGCUCGACUAUGCUGCUUCGGAAUGGCUAAGCCAUGUCGGCGCUUGUGCUCAGUCCCGCCACGAUGAACAGCUCGUCCAGGCAAUACGACGGCUUUAUGAGAAGCGAGGGAAGCCAGAUGUACAUGACUCCACUCAAGUCUCCAGGAUAUUCAAACAGAAGUACCGAGCACUUCGAAGAGACCCAGAGCUCGUCAAACGCCUCGGGCAGUCCGAGACUUUUUUGAACAGGUCGAAACUUGACCUCAUCGAAGCCGACGGUGGAUGUUCAUGGUAUGACAUGGAUCCAACCUACAUUUCCCAAGGCAUCAUGCGGUUUCGGGAUCUCCUCGAAAGCUCUCUUUGUACCACCUCACCAUGCAACCUUUCUUGCAAUUGUACAAAGAUCAAAAGACUGUAUGGGCAUGCUCUAUUUAGGUGCCCCCGAAUAUCUUGCCCCCGAUACAUUGACGGAUUCGAAACUGAUUCCGCACGUUCCGAGCACCACAAGACACAUGAACGCCCAUACAAGUGCUCUCAUUCCGAUUGUUUGUUCUCCCAACUGGGAUUCCGGACCGCAAACGACCUUGUCCGCCAUGCGGACGUCACCCACAACCACGUUGUCAACGAUGCUGUGCCUUGGAAAAACUUUACCGCCCACCACCUCAGUGAAAGUAACAUUGUGGCCAUCAUGGAAGAUACUAUCAGUCUGAACCAAGUCGGGAUCAUGACACGCAUUCUAUCCAAGGAAUCGGGUUUCCUACGCGUCUGCUGUUCCAGAAAUUCCGAGAAAGGUGUUCACUGCGAUGAAUAUACCAGGGGACACCAUAAUGGGUAUCAAACGCCCUUUGUGAUGGAUGAUGCACUGAGGAUAUCAGCAAGAGCAGGAACUACAGAAAUGAUGGAAUGCGUCAUUGCGGCUGCCAAACUUGCUAAACACAAGGUUUAUUCCAAGGUCGAUCUUUUGGCACAUGCUAUCAGAUCAGGGAACAAUGAUGCUUUGGGCGUUAUUCUUCAACACUAUCCUGCCUUUGGCGAAGCCUCGGAAGAAGUGGAGAUCCGUGAAGCUGGCUCGGAUUCUGAGUAUGACAGCGAAAAGUGGCUUUGUUUCACCACUGUGUCACUCUUUGAGUUGGCCUUUGCCCACGCCAACGGCCGAGCUAUGAAAGCCCUAGUAAGGGCUGGAGCCCGUCCCGAUGUUCGUCGAGAGACGUUUAUUGAUGUGUUCAAGACAAGAGGCCACAUGGAACUAAUGUCCGCAGACAAUCCUAAGACACGAGACACGCUAGGGAGGAUGAAAGUUCUAAAGCUCCCAAGUCUGGUGCUGCAAUAUGGGCUGCAGGUCGCUAUUCAGCGAUCCUCAGCCCAUUACGCCGAGUUUUGCGUCGAUAUGGGUGCCAACGUCAACGGGAAAUGGCUCAAUAUUGGCGAGAAGAAAAGACGCGAACGUCCGACGAUGCUAUUUCUCGCGAUCAAGAGCGGAUGUGGGCCCAUCUUGAAGUUACUGCUGGAGCACGGGGCUCUUCUACAGGGGGAUGAAGUGGAGGAUGUCGAAUCUGGGGAGAUUGCUGGGAUGAAGAAGAUUGAAAAAUACUUUUCUAUGUCUUGGAAGGAAAUGAUGUCGACGUUUUCGAAGAGUGUGUGA